CUUUGCUUUUUGCAGUCUCGAAGAUACGACUCCAGAACCACCAUAUUCUCUCCUGAAGGUCGGUUGUACCAGGUUGAGUAUGCAAUGGAAGCCAUUGGACAUGCAGGCACUUGCUUGGGAAUUCUGGCAAACGACGGCGUUCUGCUAGCAGCAGAGAGACGCAACAUUCACAAGCUUCUUGAUGAAGUGUUCUUCUCCGAGAAAAUAUAUAAGCUGAAUGAGGAUAUGGCUUGCAGUGUUGCCGGAAUCACUUCAGAUGCCAAUGUUCUAACAAAUGAACUGAGACUGAUUGCUCAGAGGUACUUGUUGCAGUAUCAAGAGCCCAUUCCUUGUGAGCAGCUGGUCACAGCCCUGUGUGAUAUCAAGCAGGCUUACACACAGUUUGGAGGAAAACGUCCUUUUGGUGUUUCAUUGCUGUAUAUUGGCUGGGAUAAGCAUUAUGGAUUUCAACUGUAUCAAAGUGAUCCUAGUGGAAAUUAUGGAGGGUGGAAGGCUACGUGCAUUGGGAAUAACAGUGCUGCAGCUGUGUCAAUGCUGAAGCAAGACUACAAAGAAGGAGAGAUGACCUUAAAGACUGCACUUGCAUUAGCCAUUAAGGUUCUAAACAAAACCAUGGAUGUUAGCAAACUCUCUGCAGAGAAAGUUGAAAUUGCAACACUGACAAGAGAGAACGGAAAGACAUUAAUAAGGGUUCUGAAGCAAAAGGAGGUGGAACAGUUGAUAAAACAACAUGAGGAGGAGGAAGCAAAAGCUGAACGUGAAAAGAAGGAAAAAGAACAAAAAGAGAAGGAGAAAUAGAAUAUGAAAUGAGGUGUUCUGUAGACAAUAAUGGACCUGCUUCAGUAAAAGAUAUUCUGCAUUGCUGCUGGUAGAAGCCUACAAACACACUGUAGAGGGCCCAGAAUUACUUUUGGUGAACCAGGUCCUUAAUCAUCGUUCAGAUAAUUAGUUUAAUGCUCCUUACAUUGACCAGUAAUUGCUUUAAUUCUUGGAACACUCUAUUUCUUUCAUCUUCUAUUUUUUAUUGUGGAAUAAAAUUUAAGAAGAAUAGCGAUGAGUGUCUUUAUUUCUGCAGUGAUGCCUGGCAUAUGCGCAAUCUUAAGGGUUUUAAUAACUUUAAACCAUUAAACCAAGGUAUAUGCUAGCAGGUAGUUGGUAAAGAACUAAUAAUGGUGUUAGAAUUGUUAGAAUUUUGUGUGUACGUGUGGGUUUUCCUUUUAAAGUAGUGAAAAGGGCGCCUAAGUUUGAAAGAACAUUUCACAAAUACAGAAUUAAAGUGUGCUGGCAUGCCAA